AUGAUUGAACUCGAAGUAUUAGAAAAAAAUGGAGUUGAUAUUUAUUUAAUUGAUGGAAGAAAAAUUAAAUUAUUUUUUAAACUAAGUCUGAUUUUGGGUGACAACCUCGGUUUACAUUCGAUACUGGGUUUCACUGAAAGUUUUAAUUCCACUUACUCUUGUCGAUUUUGUAAGAUGGACACAGUUCAACGUUCAUUAGCUAGCUUAGAAGAUAAAAAAUUACUGCGCGAUAAAGAAUCAUAUGAGACUGAUAUACUAUUAAAAGAUCCAAGUUCUACUGGCAUUAAAGAAAAAUGUAUUUUUAACCGUCUUUCUAAUUUUCACGAUUUAGAUAAUGUUGUUGUUGACAUAAUGCAUGACUUUAUCGAGGGUUUUGUCCAUCGAGAUAUGUGUGAUAUUUUAGACUAUUAUAUAAAUAAAGUUAAACUCUUUUCUUUAUUAGACUUAACGUCUCGAAUAAAACUUCAUGAUUUCGGUGAAUUUGAUAUUAAAAAUAAGCCGCUUGAAAUUUUACCAAAUCAUUUAAAGAAUAAAUCCUUAAAAAUGUCAGCUGGUGAAAUCUUAUCGUUCGUUCGUCAUUUUGGAAUUAUAAUGGGAGAUUUGAUUCCAGAUGACGAUGUUGUUUACAGACUUUAUUUAAAUUUAGUUAAUAUUCUUGAUAUCAUAUUAGCAAGAUCCAUUCACAAAAAUUGUAAAGGAUUAUUAAAAACUUUAGUAUCUGAACAUCAUACAUUAGUGCUUACUAUUUUUAAUCGGCAUUGUAAAACAAAAGAGCAUAAUUUAAUUCAUUAUGAUACAGUGAUGCAUACUUCUGGUCCUUUGAUUAAUUUCUCUGGAAUGCGAUGGGAAGCAAAACAUAAAGAAUCGAAGAUGUUAGCGGUAGUUUCAAACUCUAAAGUAAAUAUAUGCCAAACUUUAGGCGUUAAGCAUCAGCUCAAGUUUGCAUAUCUCGUACAAUCAAAUACAAUGUUUCCAACCGAACUACUACUGGGAGAGUUGAAAAAAGUGACCACAAAAACGUUAUAUUCAGUACAUAAUGAUGAAUGUUUAAUUGUCAAUAAAUUAUCUCACAAAACUGUUAACAGUUAUGACUGGAUUGAAAAGAGAGGAAUAAAAUACAAGUCAAGAAUGGUUUCAUGUACUUCCCACGAAAAUCAAAAAUUAAAUUUUGGCAUUAUUAAUUAUAUUAUAAUUGAGAAUUACAUUAUUUAUUUUAGCUAUCAAAAAUUAUUAACAGUUUUUGACGCUCAUUGUCAUGCGUUUAAAAUAAUAAAUUUAAAAAGUGAUAAUUAUAUUGUAAGUUAUGAAGAUUUAGUUUAUAUUUAUCCAGUUUCACUUAUUCAAAAAAAUGAUGAAUAUUAUAUUUUACAUCAUUACCUUGCAUGA